AUGCCUAACGCCCCUUCCCCACCAUCGCCGGUCUCCUCCGGGAAGAAGAGACCUCAUCCUUCCGAACCACCGCCCAACCAUCCCGACCCCGCCUCGAACUCGCGUGACGCUCAAAACCCCUCCGCCCCAACCGUAUCCUCGACAUCCCCAGCGCUGUCCACCGCGCAUUCAACUACUACCGUCGCUUCAUCCUCUUCUUUCCGCAAUGUUUCCGCCUGUAAUCGCUGUCGUUUGCGAAAGAACCGUUGUGACCAGCGCCUGCCGAGGUGCCAGUCCUGUGAAAAAGCUGGCGUCCGCUGCGUCGGAUACGACCCCAUCACCAAGCGCGAGAUUCCGCGUAGCUACGUAUAUUUCCUCGAGACUCGAGUCGCCUAUCUUGAGAAGCAACUGCUAGAUCAUAAUAUCAACUUCAAAAAGGCCGUCGCCUUCGACGAAGACGAAGCAGUCAAGACCGAGACGGACGAUGCGCAAUCCACUUCCGGCCAUAAUGGGCAACCUGCCGACACAGAUAAGGCGCUCUGGAAGAAUACCGGACCUAAGGAAGAGGUCGAUCGAUCCGAGCAGAGAGUAGAAGGAGAUCGUGCAGAUAGAGAUCAAGACACGGCAAAUCAAGAGAGCUGGAGGAUACAUAAUUUGGUUUCGAAUAUUGGCAUGGUAUCCGUGCAAGGAACGUCCGAUCCACGAUAUCUUGGUUCAACGUCGGGGAUUUCCUUCGCUAGAGUCGUUUUUGCUGCGGUUCGAAGCUCGCUCCCAGGGAACAUGCCCGAACGCGCUCCAAUUCGCACUAGCGAGCGACUACCACAAACGGCGGCGGCUGGUCCUGGUGCGGGCACGAUGCGUGAUUCAUUCUUUGGAUUGCAAACUCGUCCGAUGAUGAAGCGAGCGGCGUUCCCGGACCGCGAGCUUGCAGAACGACUGGUCGAUUUGUAUUUCGAACAUGCUAACCCGCAAAUGCCAAUCCUGCAUCGCGGGGACUUUAUGGAGCUCUUGGAUCGCACGUAUCAGCUUGAAGAGAAAAACCGAUCUCCACGGGCCCUUUAUGUCCUCAAUAUUGUGUUUGCGAUUGGUGCAGGAAUCAUCUUCGAUGAUAAGCCCCAAAGUUCAGAUGAUGAAAGCCGUGCGGGUCGUGAUCGCGCAUCUUCUACGACCAAAAGACCGAGGCUUUCAAGUCAUCAGUAUCAGCCUGAAGAAUAUCAUGCCUCUGCUAUCGUACAUUUGGAAUCGUUCCUCGGGUCUUCAUCCAGCGAAGGUUUUGGCGGACUGGAAGAGCUGCAAGCGGUCCUCCUGCUGGCCAGCUUUGCUCUGUUGCGCCCAGUCGCACCGGGUCUCUGGUACAUCGUUGGUGUCGCAAUGCGCUUAGCAGUUGACCUUGGACUCCAUUAUGAGGAUGGCGUAGGUCUUGAGACCUCAAAAGACGGCAAUCAAAUACAAUCGCGAAUCGACGCUCGCGAACGAGGACGACGAGAAUGGAUACGCGAUUUAAGACGCCGUCUAUGGUGGUGUGUAUACAGCUUCGACCGUCUCGUUGCUACAUGUGUCGGAAGACCAUUCGGUAUCAGCGACCAGGCCAUUAGCACGGAAUUCCCGUCUAUGAUGGACGACAAAUAUAUCACUAAGUCUGGCCUUUUGACUCCCCCGGACGGGGCUCCAACAUACAAACAUGUCGCCUUCCACUACUUCAAACUCCGCCUCCUUCAAUCCGAAAUUCACGACGUUUUACAAUAUCAGCAAGCGCGCGCGGUCCGAAGGCGCGCGACAGAUAGCGCGAUCAUCCUUCCUCAUGCCGAACUGACCUCUCCUUUCCUGCAAGGCUUUGACUCUUUCCGCUCGUGGCGCCAUGAUGUGCAUCGCCGCCUUGUGGAGUGGAAUGAGAGUGCUCCGACACGUCCUGAUACGGGUGUACGAUUCUCAAUCGAGCUUUUGGAGCUUAACUACUGGCAGGCGAUUAUCUUGCUAUAUCAGCAGAGCUUGACCGUGCCUGCUGAGUUGGCUGGAGAACUUACCCCAGCCGACGAUGUGUCUAGUCCAUCAUUCUCCAAUCCAGACGAUGGAGAUGAAGAGGACCACGUUUAUCUGAAUGUAGCUGAGGCUGGUCAAAAAGUUAUCCGUAUCUAUCGGCAGUUACACCGAGUGAGGCUGGUGAACUACACCUAUCUGGCAACGCAUCAUAUCUUCAUGGCUGGUAUCUCCUUCUUAUAUGCUAUCUGGUAUUCGCCGCUGGUUCGCAGUCGUCUGUCUCUCGAUGAGGUCGACUUUACCGUCCUCGCCGCAACUUCUGUCCUUGGCGAUCUGAUGCACAAGUGUCCUCCAGCUGAAGCUUGUCGGGAUGCAUUCGAGCGGAUGAGCAAAGCAACCGUUCAAAUGUGCUUGUCUACCACCGGUUUCGGUUCUCAGGUUGAUAUGAGCCGUGUGCAUGCAGGCUCACACGCAUCUGGGUCUCUUCACUCAGGUCGGCGUCAAGCAUUCGAUCCUAGACGAGUAAACCAAAGCCAAACACGCCGACCACCGCAGAACCGCUCGUCACGGCCGGUGCCAAGAUUCGACAUGAACUUGGCCGAUCUCUUCAACGACAACACACCACUCGCUGAUCGCUCUCGAGCAGAUAAUCUAGCGGGGCAUCCUUACCCUGUCCGAUCGGAGCAUGGAGAAUCAAUGGCGCCUGGAUUAGCCGCCGAAGGUCCCUCCCGACCGUUUGUGCAGCGCACCCCAUCCAUGGAGUACUAUCUGAAGUACGAGAACCCUGGAUCUCCACAGCCCACUCAGCAAUUCUACCACGGUACAUCUCCACAACAAAGUGGUUCCCCAGGCAGUGUGGCGCCAUAUGCUACAAAUGGGCCCCAUGCUGGCGCACCAACAGACCCGGAAGCGCAGACCGGGAUGAGUCUUGAUUUCUUGGACUUUGGAUCUGGAGAUCCAGAUAACCAAGCUAUGGAGGCAGAUCCAAAUGGUGAUUAUAAUGUGGCUAACAUGCCUCCACUUGGGCCUAAUCUGGGCCAGAACGUGGGCAUUGACCUAGGUUUUGGCAUGGCGAUGGAUUUCCAACAUGAUUGGAGCGAGAAUCCGAACUAUGAUCUUUUGGAGGGUUACUUCUUUGGUGGUUCUGGACCCGGUGCUUCUGGUGGCGAUGCUUAA